GAAAACUCUAUUGAUCACCGGAAAAAAAAUAUGAUGGCUUCUCCGAAUCAUCUUUUGAAAUGUUGCCUUUUCCUAGCUAUGAUGAUCAUGAUCGUGCAGGCUCAAACCAGCCGGAAACUUCUUGAUACUCAUGCAGAUAAAUACACACCAAUAUCCUCUUAUUUCAAUCCUCCAUCGAUGGAUUCUCCUCAAGCUUCUCUUCCUUCUUCUCACCGAUCACUUGGCGCAGAAUUUUACAAGAGAUCACCGCCUCCACCACACCACCAUAAAAAAGCUACAAUAGACGAAUCCCAAACCGGUAUCUAAGUGAUGAGCAUCGGUCAUGGAGAACAUUCGUAAGUUGGUGUCAUGUUUGGGAAAUGGCAUGUCCUGUUGUUGGUUUUAUCUUUUUACGAGAUGUGCAAUGUUUUAACUAAGACUUGAUUCGAUUCUGUCUUUUCUUUUUCUUUUAUGUUUUCUGUGUGUUUUCUUUGUUUAUCGCU